UGGAGGAGAUUGAAAUUCACGCACUCUCCUAUAACAGAAGACUACCUCUCUCGCCCUACUCUUCUGAAGGAUCCUUUCCCUCUGUAAUCUCUUCUCUUCGAGCAUAUCAAGAUUUGUUGCAAUACCAGACUUCUCUCUCUGAUCUCAACAUUGCUUCUCAAGAGUUCAAGAUUAAGAAGUAAAGAGCUUCGUUCCCAUCUAGAACCUCAUCUCUGUUGCCAAACACAUGUCCCUCCUCUCAGACGCAUCCAUGGCCUCCGACGGUUCUGUUGACGGCGAACUCCCUCCUCCAUAUGAGAGCGACAGCAGCAUUUACCCUUCGACCCUCUCCAGCUCCCCACCUCCCUAUGAGUCUGUCGUUGGAGCAGAAAGGGACAGCGACGAUGAAAGCGACAGUCGAACUGAAGUCAUUUGGAUCGGUUACUCCAUUCGUGGCUUGCACCUCAACCCAGACGCUAUCCAGCCUGCGUCCGACUCUGAGCCUGAGUGUGGACAUAUCGAAGACAUCAUGGUCUACCAGCCUCCUCCUUACCCUGCUGAUGGCCACACCGGUUACAGCGAGCCUAGCGAAACCGGUGAGGAAUCAGGUAAGCACAGAGCACCGAAUACCAAGUUCCUGCCCAUUUACUUUCGCGCUUUGUGUUUCUUGCUUUUCCUCCGACUCUUCUUCCUGCGUUUCUUGUUGGUCUGCACCUGCUCCUCCUCAGACGUAACACUGCAUGCAUCCAAUCCUCCCCUCGACGAAAAAUCCUGCCCAGCAUCAGCAAACGAUCCACUGGAACAAGCAAUAAGAGCUAAUGAGAAAACAUAUUCUCCAGAACCCACUUACCACGAUGCAACCGUCUCCCUGGCAUUCUCGUUCAGCUCUCCUGGCCCAGAACUCAGCCACGAAUCCCUCGGCUCUACCAGCAAUGCGAGAUCCAGAUACUCUCACCACUCUCCCGGCCCAGAAGAAGGUCCCUCUCACCGUUCCCCAGGCCAGAGCAGCAAUGACGUCCAGAGCACUGCCCACAACACCACAGGAAGCGACCCAGCCAACCAGCCCGGCCAAUACAGCCUCUACGACCUUGAGACCCGCAGCCAAUCCAGUAUGGACUGCAUUCGUUUCCACAUGAACGAUAUCCUUGAUCUGGAGUACGACGCCGAUGAGUCCAACUGCAUGACGGGCGACGAGCACGAGGUCAGCGACGAGGACAGCGGCAACAAGCGUGACCUCAAGGGACCCGCGCAGCGUGAGUAG